ACUGAAAGUAUGUCUCUGUCAACCCUGAAACGUAAAUUUGAUAUGAAAACCGUCAGUUUAACCCUACCUGGACUGGAAAGUAUUUGUUUCUUUUACCGCCAUCUCCAAACUGCUAUUUUGUAUUACAUUAAUUUGCCUUUGUUUAAAAUUUGUCGUUACCAAAAACAAAAAAAGAGGUUUUAAAUAGGCUGCUGAAAAUGUCUGGCCCAUCUACAUUUCCUGGUUUUAAAAUCUGACCAAAUUGAAUUUGUAAUUGAAUAGCCCUGCCAUAUACUGUAUAAAAGUUAGAUCUAAACCAUCGCGUCCAUUUCCGGAUGUGGCGUUAUAGCAAAACAACAAUGAUACAUUUUUAUUGGCUGAUGCUGGAAAGUGACGACCGGUCUUUUCUUAAGGACCAAUGAACCGCAGUAGAACGCAUCGUCGCGUCUCUCACUCUCAGCGGAGGGGUGCACCAGAAAGAGGAGAAUGGAGACAAAGAAAUGAAGAGCAAUGGCGAGGCCCAGGCAAAACACAGGUGAAGGAGGUGGAGGUGGAUGACAGACGUGAGCAGCAGGGGAAAGAAACAGUGCCCAGGGGGACCUGCCAGACCAUGUGCCCCGCUCGUGAGCUGCAGGACCGUGAGGCGCAGAACCGCCUUCACCGUUUUGAGAUAUUAGCAGGCACAGAAAGAGAUCGACGGCCCAGGGGAGACCCCUUGCGUGCUGUCAAAGAGUAUUCCAGACCAGCAGCAGGGAAAGACUCAACGAACCCCACUGACCUCCGUCCACCUGCAGUGUUGCUGAAAACUGUGUGUUACCUUAUUGAUGACAUCGCUGCCUACCAUAAUCUGAAUGCUUGGACUGAGGUGUACAGCUUUGUCUUUGAUCGGCUUCGUGGUGUGAAGCAGGACAUGAUCAUCCAGAGGGUGUCUGGGUUGAACUGCGUAGCCAUUUUAGAGCAGACGGUGCGUUUCCUCAUCUAUGCCUCUUAUCGGCUCUGUGGUGAGCCCCUGCGGCUCUACGACCCACGCAUUAACGACACACACCUACAGGAGAAUCUGAGCUGGCUGUUGAAUUGCUACGCAACUGGAACUGGACCGCAUCCCAACCAGGAAGAGUUCCAGGCUCUUGGUCUGCUCUAUAAUUUGGGUUCAGCUCGUGCCACGCAGCACAUCAUGGAGCUCCCUGUGCGGCUCCGCAGCUCUCCUGCCAUCACACUCGCUCUGUCCAUCAACAGAGCUUUUCUGGAGCGAAACCCCGUAUGUUUGCUCCGAUUGGCUCAGAGGUUGAACUUCCUGCAGAGCUGUGCACUGCACCGUCACCUGGUGGCCUGUCGUAGGGAUCUGCUGCUAAUAUACAGCCACGGAUACAGCAGCCGCAACUGUCGUUUUCCUCUUGACAGACUGGCUCGGCUCUUGUCUUUAGACAUGUCACUCACAGCCCGACUCUGCCAGGAGUAUGGAGUGGAGGUUAACCAGGACAACCAAGUGGUUUUCUCCAAGGCUGCAUUCACUGAGCCUGAACAAGGGAAACUGCACUGCAAACUGUAUCACAACAUAGUGGCUGAGAAACAGAGAGACCUCACUAUUGGGAACAUAAUUCACGGUUGCACUUGAGACAAAUAUGAGGAGUAAAUCAGUAAUACAAGUAAUGUGAUGCUUUUAUUGGUAUCCAUAGGGAAAUUGUGUUUGCUCCUGUCCCUUCACUGGAAGAUCACUGCAACUGGCAGGGAUUUAAAGUCUUGUUUAAGGACACUUCAGCAGUGUAUUUGUGUUGUCAUUAAGUGAAUUAAUCUUUCUACUCUUGUUAUCGUAUUUGAGCCAUGGGGCUUGCUUCUAGGAUGCACGCCAGUAUGUUUUACCAAUGAAAUGUUUUAGAUUAUGUUCAAUUCAAGGGUCGGGGUUGUUGUUAAGCUAAGGGUCUGCCAUGCUCUACCUGAGAGAGGCUGAACACCAGAACCAAAGUUCCCUCUUGGUUUUGAAUGUGCUUUUACAUCCUCAUCAUGCACUUGGUGCCUGAAUUACUUUAAGAUGUGAAUUACUUUUAUAUUGUUACUGUUAACUGGUCAUAUUGAUACUGUUUACUGUUUAAAUUUUAUGUUAAUGCCAUAUUGUGUUUUGUGAAAUAUUUCAGAAAACCUGCUUGAAAAUUUACUGUGCAACAGUGUUCAUUUAUUCUCGUCAAUGCAGUACCUCAGAAGCAUUUCAAUAAAUUUUGUUACCUGUAA